AUGGCCAAACCAUCCAAUAAAGCUUUAGGAAAGCGUAAAGCUCCCGCCCCCCUUCCUUCCUCAAAGGGAGGUAACAAGAAGUCAAAGCCAUCCAAGGGAAAGGACAGCAACGUAGCAGAGACGGGACCUACUGGAAAACCAAAGAGGAAACCUGAGCAACCUAAAAAAGUGAAAUUGAGGGAUCAAAAAUCUAUUCCCAUACCAAAAACCACUUUUGCAGCUAAAGGGAAAUCAACGAGAACGCAAAUAGACGAGGAUGAAGAUGAAGAUGAGGAUGAAUUAGAUGACUUAGGUGAAGAAGAAGGUAUGGAAGCUGGGAAUGCUAGAUUCUUACUUGGUGUAGACGAAGGGGCGUUAUCGAGGUCUGUAAAAGAGACAAAGAGGUUACAUGAUUUAUCAAAGGAGCGUGAACCUAUACCUAAAUUGAAAAGACAAAAGUUGAAAAUACCUUUACCUCCUUCAAGAGAAUCUGACUCGGAAGAUUAUGAUUUCGAUUCGGACCCAGAGCUCGAUUCUGACUUAAGCUCAAAUGUAGAUGAUGAUGAAGUGGAAAUCUCUGGUUCAGAAGAUGGCCUCGAUUCUGGCUCAAACGACGAUGAUGACGAAGAUAGCGUAUACGAUUCUGGAGCUUCGUUAGAUAUGACUUCUGAUGAAGAUCAAGAUGAUGUCGUAGCUGCUUUUGAUAAUUUACCAAGUGAGGAAGAAGAAGAUGUUGACCUAGUGGAUUCGAAAAGACGUAAAAAGGGAAAGAAAGGGUUGGAAGAUGAAACGGAUUAUGAAGCCAUUCGUAGAUCAAAAUUGGCUUCAAAGCCCAAGAUUAACGAAGAAGAUAAAGAUGAAAAUCAAGUUGAAGUAGGAAGAUUACCGAUCAAAUUGCCGACAGGUGAAAUCCAAAUGGUAGAAGGAUCAACCAAAAUCCAAAUACCUCAACCGAAGAAAAAACCAGCUCCUCCACCGCCGAGUGAUACCGAGGAAGAAGAGGAAGAGGAGGAAGAUGAAGAUUCAGAUGAUGGUCAACAAGCUGAGAAAAUGGCUGGACAAAAAGGUAAAUUCGGUAGAAUGGGUGUUGCAGAGAUUGUCGGAAUGAAAGGGUGGAAGAAUGCGCAAAGGCUAGAAAGUGCAAAAGAACAAAUGGCAGCUUUAGGUGCUGAAAUUUUAGCUGGAGGUGAACUGGUUGAUAUUGGCCCCGUCUUGACUAGAUUAUCAACCUUCGCUUUACCUACCGUCCCUUCGCUGGACGAAGGAGAGAGUAAUUUGCCCGUCCCAGCAUCAAUAAGAGGUCUAGCAUUCUUAUCUCAAUUAGCGGUAUACAAAGAUCUUAUUCCUGGGUACCGAAUCCGUGACCUCACUGCGAUUGAAGAGGCUGAGAAGGUUAGAGAUGAGGUGAAGAGGUUAAGAGAAGGAGAAAAGUUGCUAGUAAAGAGUUACAAAGGAUAUUUGAAGAUGCUCGAACAGGAAAUCAAGCGCCGUUCACCUCUUGCCAGUCUAAGUUUAAGGUGUAUGUGCGAAUUGUUGGUUGGCGUGACCCACUUCAACUUCAGUGAAAAUCUCAUGGGUGUUCUGGUCGGAAAGCUAGGCAGGAAAGGCUGGGAUAGCGAUGCCGACUUGGUUCUUGAGACUUUCAUUUCAGUAUUCCGAAACGAUAUCUCCGGUGUUCAUGCUCAGACUUUGGUUCGAUUGAUAGCGAGAAUGAUCAAAGAAAGACACUUCCAAGUAAACCCCAACGUUCUAACUUGCUUACUCCAUUUGAGAUUAAGGAAUGAAUUGGAUCAAAUGAAACGUGGAAAGAACGCUAAAGGAGGAGCAGGAGGUGGAUCAGGAGACAAAAAAGAUCAACCUACCGAAGCCAAAAAAUUCAAAUCAGAUAUACGGAAACAGUGGGCAACGAAAAACCAAAGGAAGAAACAAAAGGAAUUAAAGGAAGUUGAAAAAGAAAUGAAAGAGGCUGAAGCUGAAGUUGAUAAAGAGGAAAGAGCUCAAGUUCAAACCGAGACUCUCAAAAACCUCUUUGUACUAUAUUUCUCAAUACUGAAGUCACCGACUCGAACACCUUUGUUGCCAUCUGCAUUAGAAGGUAUAUCCGCUUAUGCGCAUUUCAUCAAUAUCGAUUUCUUCCGUGAUUUACUUGCUGUGUUGAGGAAGAUCAUAUCGGACCAAUUGUCAUAUGAUCAAGAUAACAAGACCAACGAUGGCUCAGAUGACGAAGAUGAAGAUCCAAAUAACAAAUUUGAUCAAGUUGGUGCAUCAAAUAGAAUUAGAAUUAGACUAUUAUCAAUAUCGACUGCGUUUGAAAUCUUGUCAGGUCAAGGUGAAGCGUUGAAUAUUGAUUUAGGAGAUUUCAUCAAUCAUUUAUUCGGAUUAUUGAGACCUAUCUCAUUAGAUACCGGGAUAGAAGACCCACCUCUGAUUUCAACGACGGCACGGUCGAGCGGCGUGAAUAAACUAUCGACAUCAACUUUAUUAUUACAAUGUCUUGAAUCAAGUUUCUUCAGUAGGAAUGCAGGCAGAUCACCUCCUUAUAGAAUUGCAAGUUUCUCAAAGAGAUUGAUCGAAUGUUCACUGCAUUUCCCUCCGAUAACAGCAAAACAAGCAAUAGCAUUUUCAAGAAAAUUAAUGGCGAAAGAACCUAAGUUGGAAUCAAUGUUAGAUACAGAAGAAAAAAUGUCUGAUGGUGUCUAUAAACCGGAAUUUGAUGAUCCACAAUUAUUGAAUCCUUUCGCUACUUCAUUAUGGGAAUCAAAUAUAUUAGCUGAUAAGUAUUGGGAUAGAUCAGUUAGAGAAGAAAUGAGGAAAAUGAGGGAUAACAAAGCCAUUUAG